AUGGAGCUGAUGAAGCAACUGGAAACUGGAGGAAUUCAAUCAGAUGAACACGGUGUACGCGGCUCGUCAUCACCUCUCGGACGCACAUCGAUGACACAAGAAUACGACGGACAGUUGGCUGCGUUGGAGCUGGCUUGCGCGAAAGCUACUUUUCCGUUGGGCAGUGAAAACCGAGAAUCUAUUCGUCAAAGAUGCCAAGCUGGUAUGGACAAACGGCUCCAAAUACAUCAUAUACCACUGACGAUCAAAUUACUGACGGUUACCAAUAACUACAGAGUGGAGAUGGAAAAUCGAUUAGUGUAA